CGAAGAUCCACAUCGCAUGCAGAUAAAAGGGUGCCCAUCUCCUCUGGCAUCUCCCAUCCACCAUGCCAGCGUUCACCAACUCAUACGCCCCCCCAGCGCCACCCGACAUCCCAAGCGACAUUCAUCUCCACACUCCUCCAGACGAAUACGACUUCAACUAUGUCUUUGAAGUCAAGCAGCUCAGAUCAGACAGAGUAGAGCUCAGGCCGAUGGUCGUCAGUCGUCGUCAGUAUUCUGCCGUACUCGUACAGCACUAACUGCUCGAAGCCGUCCCUACACGCCAAGGUCUACUUUGAGGGCGUCAACAAGUAUCCAGAAGUGCUCAAGUGGAUGGGCAUCUCGCCGCCCCGAACCUUGGAGGAGACCCUCGUCCUCAUCGAAAAGAUCUGGAGAGCCCCGACGGAUUCGCUCUCGUAUGCAAUCUUCACCGAGCCUCCUGGGUCGACAACUAAGGUCGAACCUGAGGACUACGUCUAUGCCGGAAGCAUCGCCAUCAUCAACUCUAGCUCUCCCCAAAUGAUCGCUGAGCCAGGAUACGUCACUAUCCUUCCACCUUUCCAUCGAACCCACGUCCAAACCCACGCAACCGGCCUGCUCCUCCAUCGCAUCCUCGAUCAUCCUGACCAGGGCGGCCUCGGCCUCCGACGCUGUCAGUGGCUGACCACCACGCUGAACACGGCAAGUCAGGCUGCAUCCAAGAGGUUGGGCUUUCACUUCGAGGGAGAGUUGAGGUGCCAGAGAGUACUUCCAGCAGGCAAAGUCGGUGUACGGGAUGGUAGACCUGAGGUGAGGCUUUCAGAAUGUCCUGCAAGGCAUGACUGGUACUCUUCUUUGACCUGGUACGAAUGGGAAGAGGAGGGUAGGGCGCAUAUCGAUGCGCUCAUGGCUCGGCAAGGAUGAUCGGAAAAGAGACGGAAUGGCAUGGCAAGUACUGCUGUUGUUACCUGACAUCAAUAAGACUGCUGCAAAGACCAAUGGAUGCAUGA